AUGCAAAAUAAGAAACUAGUCCAGAAAUUAACAGCGGUGCAGAGAAAAAUGAACGUUCGAACGUGCAAUUCAUAUAGAACGAUAUCCGCUGAGGCAGCAUGCGUUAUAGGAGGGGUUUCACCGAUAGAAAUUCAGGUGCUGGAGAGAAUGGAACGCUACAGUGGUCUGGGAAGAAAUGCAGCCAGGGAAAACCUCAUGCGUAGGUGGCAACUGAAAUGGGACAGUGGUCCCUAUGGUAGAUGGACGUACCAACUCAUUCCAAACGUAGAGAGCUGGGUUAACCGACCCUUUGGAGAAGCUUACUUUGGACUACCUUACUCAAGCACUUUCUGGACACGGCUUCUUCG